CCGCUAUGCUCUCUCUGUCUCUCUUUCCAUCUCUUCACUGUGUAAUGCCAUGCAGAGGCACAUCUUCGAGGAGGUUCAAGGCGUUGAUCACUUCCCACGUUUAUAAUUUUGCAUGGUUCUUUGCUGACAUAAGAGCUGGGAAAUGAAUUCUUAAGGGGUAAUCAAUGUGAAUGCUUGAAAUGCAAUUGAUCUUUUCGUUGAAGUGAAGAUCCAAGGAGAAAAGAUUCCAAAUUACCUUUCAACCGAAAUUUUCAAUUGCCAAAGCAUUCUAAUCUGAAUAAGAACCACAUUAAUCAUGGCCAAAAGAUCAAAUAGUUGUUCUCUACGAUACGAAAAGGAUCAGUUGGGCUGUAUGUGGGGCUUGAUUAGUAUGCUUGACUUCCGCCAUAGUCGAUCAACUCGCAGACUGCUUUCUGAUAGAAGGCGCGGGGACAGAAAUGCAGUUGGUGCUCCAAAUACAAGAAAUAAACCUGAAACGUUGACUAGUUCCGCUGAAGAUUGUCCCAGAUCACUUGAUGGUGAAAAGGAAAGAACAGUUAUUGAUGCAUGUAAGCCAAGUGUGAAGAAACUCCUAGAAGAGGAAAUGUCUGGAGAGGUUGCAAAGAAAGAAGCAAGUAAUAGUGAAGUUGAAGUGAAACAGUUCUAUUCUGGGGAAGGAGGCAAUGGAAGGAAAAAUUGGAACAGAAAAAACAAAACUUGCAAGAAAAGUUCCAGUAGCAGUCUUCAUAUGGAUGUUGCUGAGAACUUGGUACCGGAAAGAUCUAGGCAGCAUAAACCAGAGCAACAAACUACAAGCAAUCUCGAUAUGGAUAAUCUAAUGGAAGAGUUUUUCCGGAAAAUCCAUCAGAAAAGAGUCAAUUGCAUGAAUCAUGACCAGCUUGAGCAAAAUCCGAAGAGCUAUGGUUCUGAAGAAAGUUUGAAUGAGGCAAUCAAGGUCUUAGUGAGUCAGAAGUUUCUUAUUGGGAACCAACUUACAGAAGAUGGGGAACUCCUAGCCUCGAACGGAGUCAUGGAUGCACUACCCAUUUCAAGUUUAGAUGAGGAAUUGUUUUUGAAACUUUUACCUGAUCUGAACUUGUUGAAAUACGUUCAAGACUUGCCAGAUGCUCAUUUAAAGGAUGAAGAGUCUAAGCCUCUUGCUGAAUCAAACUUUUCAGACAUGGAAUCCACUGGUUUAAGACAACGCAAUGAGCCUGUUAAUAGAAAGCAGCGUAAUUUCUUUAGAAGAAAACUGAAAUCUCAGGAAAGAGAACUUUCAGAUGGAAAUAAGGCUUCUCAAGCUUCAAAUAAAAUUGUAGUUUUGAAGCCUGGGUCAACAUGCUUGCAAACUCCUGAAACUGGAAGCAGCCUUGACUCACCUUCAGAUUCUCAGUACAUUAUCAGUCAUCGGGAGCCAAAUGAGAAAGUUGGUUCCCACUUUUUUCUUGCUGAGAUAAAAAGAAAGUUGAAACAUGCCAUGGGAAGAGACCAACAAAGAAUCCCCACAAAUGGUAUAUCUGAAAAAUUUCCAGCUGAGCAACAAAAUUCAGAGGACAGUGGCAGAGUUAAGGAAUAUUUUGGGAUGAAUUCUCCAACAAAAGACCAAUUCUUUAUUGUAAGAAUUGGCAGACCUUCCAUUGAUGUUGCAAAAGGAGAAAAAACAAGCAAGCUAAAGGGCUCCGAACUAAGCACGGAAUAUGAGACUAUUGAUUUUUCCAUGAAAAGGGUCUCGAACAUCUAUAUCGAGGCCAAGAAACAUCUCUCUGAUCUGCUAACAAACGAGGAUCAAAAUGAGGAUCUUUUGAGUACACAGGUUCCAAAAACCUUAGGUAGGAUUCUUUCUCUUCCUGAGUAUAAUACAUCCCCUGUCGGCAGCCCUGGUCGGAACUUGGAGCAUAGUUUUACAACUGCGCAGAUGAGAUUUGCAGGCUCGGACAAAUUGCAAAUGGUGAGUGAAAAUGAUCGGUUUGUCAGCCUUCUAAGGAUGAGGGCAGAGAAGACCGAUGGCCAGCUUUGCAUUUCUGAAAACAAAAGCGAUGAUGAAGUUGAAAGCGAUAAUGCAAUUUCAAACAACCUUGACACUAGUGUGAAUAAUGACAAAGAGGAUCCAAUUUUUUGUUCUAUAAAAGAUGAAUUGAGUUCCAAAGAGUCUGUGAGUAUUGUUAAAGCUACUGAAAUGAUGGUUCAUGAAGGAAGCAAGUCACUGGAUAUUUCUUCAGAGACGAGCGACUCUUCAAUUAUCACAGAUGAUAAAAAUGUUGAUAUAUAUGAAGUUUGUGAUGAAAAACAAAAUCCUUGGUACUUGAAACAGGAUUCAUCGGAAGUGGACCAACAGCCUUUUUCUCCAUUAUCAUCUCCAUCAGACUCAUCAGUCAUGAAAAAGGUUGAACAUUUGGAGAGUGUUACUGAUAUACCAGAGCGCUCAAGCCCCGUAUCUGUUCUUGACUCAAUAUUCGCAGAUGAUCUUAUCAGCCCCGCAAGCAUCAGAACUUAUUCCGGCGAAACAUCCAUUCAACCAUUAAGAAUUCGAUUCGAAGAACAUGACUCUUUGGCCACAAAUCAGAGCAAUCGAAUUAAAACUUGUAUGGCUGAUAAGGAAUCAAUAUUUGAGCACAUAAAGGCAGUGCUGCAAGCCUCAAGUUUCAGCUGGGACAAAGUCUAUAUCCGGUCACUUUCUUCAGACCUGCUUAUCGACCCAUUGUUGGUUGACGAGGUGGAAUACUUGCCCAACCAGCUUUGUCAAGACCAAAAACUGCUCUUUGAUUGCAUUAACGAAGUAGUCAGAGAGGUUUGUGAGUACUAUUUUGGUUCCCCUAGUGUUUCAUUUGUUAAACCCAAUAUUCGUCCUAUCCCAAACAUGAAAAAUACAAUUCAAGAAGUCUGGGAGGGAGUUUAUUGGCAUUUGCUCCCAACUCCAUUGCCUUGUACUCUGGACCUGAUAGUCCGAAAAGACCUGGCUAAGACUGGAACAUGGAUGGACCUUCAACAUGACACUGGUUAUAUUGGUGUUGAGAUUGGUGAAGCCAUCUUCGAAGAUUUAGUGGAAGACACCAUAACAAGCUACAUAAAUGGAAGUUGGGAAUGUGAAUAUAAUGUGCUUCCAGCUUAGCUUAGCUUAGCUGAAGGACAACGACGAUAACCUUGACACGUACAAGGCAACUGAGUCAGUUUUGUUCAUACUUCAUACCAAUAAUGACCUCAUUUUGGAUCGGAGUAGGGAGAAAAGCAAGAUGGUUGAGUUUUCUGAAAACCAAGCAAGAAAAGGCUUCAUUUAACUCUCCUUAAAGUGCUUUAGAGAAUGAAUGCGAUGGCUCUUUUCCAUUGAAAUCUUGUAGAUACGCAGCAACCCAAAUGCCUACUUCAUGUGUCGUGAUCUUUAACACCCAAAUGACGGAGAGGGUGCAGGUGGUGACAAACUAAAAUUUUCUCUAGAGCUUGGUGCGUAUUGCUUCCGUGUUCUUUACUUUGAUUUCAUUUGUUCUAGCGUGCUUGGGUUGUUAAGAGUUUCUCGCAGGGAAUUUAAAUCGCUGUUUGCAUAUGGAUUGUCGGUCGUGAAUGUAAUACCAGUGACAGAGAACCCCCCUUAAACCCUAAACGGUGAGUGGUGUUGUGGCUACUUUGAUAAUGGCGCAUGGUAUUAUGUACUUGAAUAAGCAGUACUUGCUGAAAAUAAUAAUAAUACAACACUGAUAUGUUAAA